AACUUUUCUGUAAAUAUAGAAAACAUUUUGAGAAAGAAUCAAUUUUGUACACCUCAUUGGGCAAGGAAUGAAAGCUAUUUGUUUACCACAUAUUUUCGCCGCAACAACAAACUUGCUCACUUUGGAUAUGAUCCCAAAAAUGUACAUUGUAAAUUCAUCAGAUGUCUUAAGGUUAAACCAUUAGUUUUACCGGCAGCCUAAAUUUAUAACUAACAACAUUUUAGAAGGCAAACCAGAUAAUACAUUGUAAUAUGCAAAAACUAUACUUUCUUUUUACUGUUUUUUAUGCAGUGUCAUCCGAACCAAUUACUUUAAAAAAUAUAUAUUCUGAAUCAAACAAAGCCAUAGCAAACAGAAAUGUUUUAAAGAGCGAACAGAUUAUUCAAGAGUUUUUUAUCACCUCAAAUGGUAGUAACUCUGUUUGGAACAUUGCACAAAUCAUGGCGAAGAAAGUUUUCAACAUCACCUACAACGUUGAAGAUUUAAUUGUUAUGGAGCAAGACAUUGAAAAAAUAAGCAGAGGUUUUUCCGUGUGCAAAAAAAUGUCCAAAAAACUGCAAAAGACAUUCCAUUGUUUUGAUGAUCUAGCAAUAACUUUAGAGGAUGCCAUUCUUGACUUUAAAUCAAGUCCAUCAACAUCAAGACGAAACCUUGUCAAGUAUGCAACAAUGUUUAUGACAAUGGUAGUGUUCCAAGCACACAUUGCACUGAUUGCCAUGAAUCCACCGACACCUUUAAAUGCAAGUUUAAAGAAAAAAUAUAGUUUAAUUUUUGAAAAAAUAAACGUUCAUUUAAAUCAGUUUGAGUUCAACUCUCAAGACUGGAGAAUAAGUGCAAGCCAAGUAACACCCGUAACUAUUUGUGAAAUUCGUCUAAGAAUGUGGAUUGAGUUCCAAGGAGCAUGCGAAAAGAGGUGGCGCAGAAGCUUAGAUGAUGACAAUGAAGAAGAAGAAAGUUUUGGUAUGCUAUUACAUCACGGUAAUGAAAGCUUAAUUGAAACAAAAGUUCAAGGAAUUGGUAACCCAAAUCCAAACAGGUUUAAAUAUCGAGCAACAGUUUAUGACAAAUUUGCAAACUACCUUGUUUUUCAAAAAGAUGAGUUAGUCAAUUCAAGCACUAGAGGAGAUCGUAUUUUUAAACUUUUUAAGGAAGGAAAUGAGCAGCGUCUUAAGUAUAAUGAGGGCAUAGCAAAAAAGAUGAAGAACUUUAAUGAAGAGCUAGUCACAAUAAUAAGAAGUGUAGUAGAGUCUACUAUAGCUUUGUUCUAACUCAUGAAAAUUUUUCUAACGUGUUAAGCUUUUGAUGUAACUUGUUCUAAAAUAUGAAAUGAAGAAAAAAGAUUCCAUAAGAUCGUUUUUA